AAAAAUGGCUUCAGUUGGAGCUGAUAUCCUUGCAACAGCACCUGAUAUCUACCUACAGAAAGCAAGAACCUGGGAUGAAGGCAUUGAAUCAAAGUUCUCCAAAACCCCAUUAAAGGAUAUCUUCAAGGACAAAAAGGUAGUCAUCUUUGGGCUUCCAGGAGCUUUUACAGGUGUUUGCUCAAAAGCCCAUGUCCCCAGUUACAAGAAAAAUAUCGAUAAGUUCAAAGCUAAAGGUGUUGAUUCUGUGAUCUGUGUCUCAGUUAAUGAUCCUUAUGUGAUGAAUGGAUGGGCUGAGAAGCUUGGAGCUAAAGAAGUGAUAGAGUUUUAUGGAGAUUUUGAUGGGAGCUUUCAUAAGAGCUUAGGGUUGGAUAAGGAUCUUACAGAAGCAUUGCUUGGGCCUCGUUCGCAGAGGUGGUCGGCUUAUGUGGUUGAUGGGAAGUUUCAAGUGCUGAAUGUGGAGAAGGACCCUAAUGAGUUCGAAGUCUCUGGUGGAGACGUGAUUUUAGACCAUAUUUAAUCA